AUGUCCUUGCAUCAUGUCGAGGUCUGGACAGGCAAAUACUUUCAGUGCACUUCCCUUCGUGAUAUUGGGCUACGUGUGCAACUCGGGCACCCCUCAGGGGUCCCAUGUUGUAACCCAAUACCAGCAUUCGAUCACGAAUUCAUGGUUCUUAACAUUAACGGCAUUCACAGUGUUGCGCUUCAUUUCUGCAACUGCGAAUCUGUGCAGACUCACACAACUCAAUUAUUGCAUGCUCGAUGGUACCCUGCUACAAGUACUGACCCUCAAAUGGCUGCCACCUUCCGACUCCUCAAUCAUUUUCAAAUGUAUACAUUUGAAUCAAAGGGUUCCGCAUUCAAAUACUAUCAAGCUUUGUCUCACUUGACAGACAAUACAGGGACAGAGAGGCUCAAAGACUGCUAUGAAUCUCUCCUUUGCAUGAGCUGUCAGUACCGCCAUCUCAUUGCCCUCAAAUGGGCAGGCCAUGUCCAUGAUAUCUCUGGAAUUCUGGGAACAAAUUCUGGGGAACUAGCCAUGGUUUAUCCCACUUGUCCUCAACCAGGAAAAAACCUUCCACCAGACUGGGCAGACGCCCCUCCAGAAAAAUGGUGGCUUUAUGGUUUUUUCAUUGGUAUCAACACUAAUUUCUGCAUGUGUCACUGCAACAAAUCGUCAGAGGAAGCUGAUCCGAGUUUGAGCAAGGGCUGGGCUUACUUUGUGGAGGGAUCUGGGUUCAAGAGUGUCCUGGAGUUGCAUGCAGGUUUCACACAGGAGAAAAGUAGCUGUGCAAGUCACAAUGCAGUGAACCUUGCAGAUUUGAAGAGAGUGUGUGGCCUUGCAGCGACAGGCAUUGGUGCCAUUGUUUGCACAAGGCAUAACUUCAAGCGACCCUCGGCAGUGGGAGAUCUCCAGAAGGGGAGAAGGAUGGCCAGAAUGGACGGUGAAGCAUCAGAACAUGGAUGGUCCAAUAUAAACCCUGUGGCUACUAGCACACGGGAGAUGGGACCUGGUUUGAGGCAUGAUAUCCUUGAUGACCACUUCGGUGACUGGAACUGGCAGAAGGUGUCUAACUUUGGUGUAUUUCUUUUGCAAAAGUUCAAGGAUGCCAUCCCUCGACGUAAUCAACAUAUUUCGAACCUUGUCAAUUUUGAAGAUGCAAUUCCAGCUGAGAGCCUCGCAAUCUGGCACACAAUGGCUUCCGUUCGACUAGAGCUCUCACAAGUAGAAGCAGAUCAGCUCAAACACGGACUCGACAUAUCCUUGCACUCCAAGGUUUCACCAAGUGUCUUGAUAGCUGUCGGAAUCAAGCUUGAGACUCAGCAGUGCCGACUUAUUCAUGAGACCUCAAACAUAGGUGCACAUGCUACCCAAAUCCAGUUAUCCACACUGCAGCAGCGGACAAACACACUCCAUUGUCAAAUCAAACACUGGAUCAAGAUUCAGACUCUUUACAUGCCAUGUGUCGCAUGUCUUCGUGAGACAAUUGAUGCUACCACACCUGAUAAUACAGAAGAAGACAUCCAUAUUGAAUGGAAGCUUCGCAGAGCUCAGGGACACGAAGUGUUGCAUGAACUUCAUCAGCACUUGUGGCUUAAGCAUCAUCUUACUGGCUUCAAGAGAGACUGGAUUACUGGUCAACGUGGACACACAAGGUCAUGUGGUAUCAUCAACACAGUGCAGAAGAAGAUUGACAGUGCCACGACUAAAUAUCGCAUCACUUGGAACUCCCUUGAUGCUCUUGCUCAGCCUCUUCUCCAAACUGACUGGAUGACUGAGUUCCUGAUGCUCGAGAAAGAGGAUGUCUGUGGAAUGACGGAGGAUCAAGCCGCGGGUGAAUGUGUUUCUGAGGGACGAAGGCUAGUGUCUGUCUCAUAG